AUGGAAAAAUACUCGGCGUCAAAGCUUAGGACACUGCACCACUGGUCCUCACCUCUUUCAUCGAGGCGGAGAUGCGUGCGUGUUGCUCUUGUUGUGACCCUCUUGAUAGUGCUGGUCUUGUUCGCGCUGCUUCCGCCCAAGCACAGGGAGAGCGCUUCACUGAUGAAUGCUGCCGCUGCGGUUCCUCCUCUGCCUCCUCGUGCGAGGAUACACAUCUAUGAGCCGAUUUCGUCGAUGCAGUCGCUGAGCGACGUUCUCGCUCACCGCGCCGACGUGCGAAAUGCACUCGAAAGUAUCUACGUGAUUCGCACCGAAACCGCGCUGUUGUCUGUUCCGCCCACCUUCCGUGAAAAGGCGGCGGCGAUGUUCUCUGCCUACGGUGGAACGCACGAGGAGCUAAUGCGUGCCUUGGAGGAGCAGCGCGUAGUUGAGGUGUGGAACCGCAUUACCGGUGAGAAUGCUCUGUUCAACAGCAUCCGCAAAUUCAGGCCGGGCGGUGGCAGCAGCGGCGGCGACGCGGCGGAGCAGGAGGCGGUGGCGAAGUCGUACACAGAGGGCAGCGGCGUGGCGACAUGUGACUUCUGCAGCAUGAACCACACGGCGGAGGAUGUUUUUGGACGAAUUGUGGGCAAACACUCGUUCACAGCAGCCAACAUCGCCAAGCUUAGUCGCUGGCACAGCCUCAUCAUCACUGACGUGCAUGAUCCUUUGGCCUAUAAUGAGGAUGUCAUCGCUGACAUCAUCGAUGUGUCGCACAAAUGGUUUAAGAGGGCUCACCACGAAGACUCCCUCCACACAUAUCCUAACAUUAUCUGCGAUAUUGGCAAAAGGGCGUCAGCCUCACAGGUGCACCUACAUCUACAGGUAGCGUUAACGAGAGAUCACUACUUCUCUGGCAUUGAUCAGCUCCAGCGCGCGGCAGCACGAUUCUCAAAGCUUAAAUAUUAUAGCUACUGGGACGAGGUCGUCCGCCUACACGACAUGAUUGGCUUGUCUGUUCGAGUUGGCGACAAUGUGGUGCUCUCGAAUGUGUGCCCUCGCAAAGAAAAGGAGCUUUUAGUUAUCAGCAGAGACCCGGAGGACCCUUCAUUUGCCCGCGCUGUUGCUGUUGCGCUGAUGGCACUCCGCGAUGCCGCUGGUGUGCGGAGCAUGAGCUUUGCUGUUUCGUACCCUCCGCUGAAUGCGUCGGGUAACUACAACAAAGGGGAGAUGCCGGCGAUUUUUCGCGUGAUUGACAGAGGUAGUGCGCUGGAUCCGCGUGGUGACACAGGUGCACUUGAGUACUUUGGAAGCACAUACGUUGCUGCAGACCCGUACGCAAUUAUUCCUCACCUAGUCCUCACAAAGAAGCGUCUUUUCAAACAAACGAAGUUGUAA